AUGGCAACCCCUGGAGCGCCCUCCCCCGACCAGCUCUCAAGAUGCACCGCCCCGCCCCCCAGGGCCUCAGGGACCCCGCGGGGAGGGGGGCGGGGCCAGAUUGGAGGAGCCGCGUAUAAAGGCCGGGCGCUGCCGCGGUCUCGCAGAAGAGAGCGGAGAGGCGAGAUGGCGGCUUUGCCGCGGCUCCUGCCGCUUCUGCUUCUCCUCCUCGCCGCCUCUUCGACCGCUCUUCUGGUGAUCAACGCCCAUUCUUCCUGCCCCGGGCCUCUGGCCAUACCGUGCAUUCCACGUUCGUAUUCGUGCCACUUUCGCUCCGCUCUGUGGGCCUGCGAGUCCGCGCACCCGCACGCGGCGCCUGGCGCACCCGCUCCCGCGGACGGAGCUGGCCCGACUCCUCGCCUUGGUGUUCCCCUCCCGCAGCGGGGGAUCGGGCGCCGGGAACCGGAGCGCAGGGGACCCUCAGGCCUCCGGGGCCGCACACUGGCUGCGCACACUCCAGCGGAACGCCCCCGAAACGCGCCUGGCCUCCAGCUCCCCGCAGAGCCGAGGGCAGCCACAGGCCCUAAGUCCCAUCCUCCUGCACACCGCCUCGCUUUCGCGGACCGCCUGUACUCCAUCCGCUAUCAGACGCUAUCGGAGGCUGAGACGCCAAGGGAGCCCUUGGAGCGUUAGGAUCCAGGCAGGUUCAAUGUCACCAUGGCAACCCCUGGAGCGCCCUCCCCAGACCCGUUCUCAGAUGCACCGCCCCGCCCCCCAGGGCCUCAGGGACCCCGCGGGGACCGGGGCGGGGCCAGAUUGGAGGGAGAUGGAGAGAACCGCCCCGCAAUUGGCCCGCGGCGCGCAGCGGUGAAAUCCGCCUGGCGACUGGCCGGA